UAAAAAAUUUAAAUGUUUUUGGCAUUGAUGGUCCAUUGCAUCAUAUAGGAUUAAAGAUUUUCUGAUAAGGAGAGAACAAACUGCAAUAAUAAAUAACUCUAUAUAUCAACACCAAUAACAGUAAACUCAGGUGUACCUAAAGGAACAGUCUUAGGUCCACUACUAUUUUUAAUUCACAUUUAUAAAUGAUUUGUUACCAAAUUGCAUCAGCUUAUUUGCAGACGAUUUCAUAAUACAUAGAACAAUAAAAACAACACAAGAUACAGAAAUUUUACAAAGAGAAAUAGAUGAAUUACAGAAAUGGUAAUCAAAUUGGAGCAUGUCUUUCCACCCAGAAAAAUGUCAGCUAUUAAGAGUAACAAAAAAACUAAAUCAAAUUAAUUCCACUUAUCUUAUUCAUGGUAAACCAGUAACACAGACUAAUAACACAAAAUACCUAGGUGUUAUAAUAAUGAAAAACUGUCAUGGAAUCCCCAUAUUGAUCAGUGGCGUAAAAAGUUCUAUUAACAAACAUUUAGACAUACAUCCAUUAACUGUCCAUGAUGGCUGAUACAGAGAAUGACUUAACUCUUGAUCUAAACAAAGUGAAGAAGGAAAAGGAAGACCCAGAUUUGUUAACACAACCAUGUGAAGAACAAGACUUCAAAAUGCCAGAGAUAAAAAGUGAGAAGAUAGAUGAAGAGGAAUCAGACUUGAAUACACAGCAAUCAGAAAAUGCUGCUGAAACUUCUUAUGUGGAACCCAAAAUUGAGAAGAUAGAUGAAGAUGAAUCAGACUUGUAUACACAGCACUCAGAAAAUGUUGCUGAAACUUCUUAUGUGGAACCCAAAAUUGAGAAGAUAGAUGAAGAUGAAUCAGACUUGUAUACACAGCAAUCAGAUAAUGUUGCCGAAACUUCUGAUGUGAAACAAGAACUCCAGGAAGAGACCAUUGAGGAAGAAAAGAAAAUGACUUCAGAAAAAAGUGUCUCCACUGAUGACAUAGAAGAUGAUGAUAUUGGAAACCAUUCUAAAGCUGAAAACCAACAUCAGUGUCACAUAUGCCAUAAGAAAUUUGCUAAACUUCAGAAUUUAAAAAAACAUCAGUUAAUUCAUUCAGAUGACAAACCAUUUAAAUGUCACGAAUGUCUUAAAGAAUUUUCUCAUGCUUCGGCACUAAAAUAUCAUCAGAAGGUUCACACUGGUGAGAAACCAUUUAAAUGUGAAGUAUGUCUAAAAGAAUUUUCUCAGUCUGCACAUUUGAAAUCACACCAAGUGAUACAUACUGGUGAAAAACGAUUCAAAUGUCAAAUUUGUCUCAAAGAAUUUGCUCAUUCUGCAACAUUGAAAACUCACCAAAAGGUUCACACUGGUGAAAAACCAUUUAAAUGUGAAAUUUGUCUGAAAGAAUUUUCUCAUACUUCAGCAUAUAAAUAUCAUCAGAAGGUUCACACUGGGGAAAAACCAUUUAAAUGUGAAAUAUGUCUGAAAGAAUUUUCUCAUGCUGCGAAUUUGAAAACUCACCUUGCGGUUCAUACUGGUGAAAAGCCAUUUAAAUGUGAAAUAUGUCUAAAAGCAUUUACUCAGUCUGCUGCAAUGAGAGCUCACCUCGCGGUUCAUACUGGUGAUAAAUCAUUCAAAUGUGAAAUAUGUCUAAAAGAAUUUUCUCAUCUUUCCAAUUUGAUAACUCACAAAAAAAUUCACACUGGGGAAAAACUAUUUAAAUGUGAAAUAUGUUUAAAAGAAUUUUCUAAAUCUGACAGACUAAAAACUCACUUAAAUAUUCAUACCGGUGAAAAGCCAUUUAAAUGUGACAUAUGUCUUAAAGAAUUUUCUCAGUCUGCAAAUUUAAAAACUCACCAAAAGCUACAUACUGGUGAAAAACCAUUUCAAUGUAAAAUAUGUUUGAAAGAAUUUACUCAAUCUUCAAAUUUAAAAACUCACCAAUCUGUCCAUAAACGAUAAAAAAAACCCAGUUUAAUGUCCAAUAUGUUUUAAUAAAUUUUUAAAUCUUCAACAUUGAAGACUCACCAAGCAGAUGAGUUCAUAAUUGAUGAGAAACCAUUUUAAUGGUACUUUGUGCAUUAGCCUUUUAAAGAUGAAAUAUAUCAAAAGGGAUUUACUUUUUUACAUAGACUUAGAUCCUCCUAAGCCAUUUGGUGGCAAGCUCUCUUUAUCAAGAUCUGUAACUGGCAGAUCUAAUCUAUGAUUCGCAAUGGUCAACUGCUCUAAGGUCCUCCAUAAAAGUAUGGAGCCAAGUUAUACGUAUACACAAGUUUUUUGUUUACGUACUGGUGUUUUAAAUGUUCCUUCAGAUUUGCUGAAUGGUAGGGGGUGGUAGUGAGUUCAAACCUGUGACCAUUUUGACCUCAAACAACAGUCUAGUGCACAUAAAACACAACAGGCAGCAAUCCAAACACAAACAAUUAAAAUAUUUUUAAAAUCUUUUUUUUUUUUUUUUUUUAAAAAAAAAAGCUGAUCUAAGGGUAAGAAAUUUAAACCUACAGUGAAAUGAAUAAUGUAGAAGUUAUUUUCCUUUUUCAAUAUUAAGCAAAACAAUAAUUGUUUGUUGUUGUUUUUUUUUUGUUGAUUCAAUAAAUAAUUGUGCAAAGUUUCAACUUGAUCUGGUGUCCUGUGAAAUGUGUUCAAACUUUUUACCAAACAGAGUAGACAGAGUGAGUUCAUAUAAGCUUUGUUAAAACACUCUACAAAGAUGUCUAUACGUAGGACUGCUAGAGUAAACUGACCAGGAUUGCUCAGCAGAACUGAACUGCUGAUUAGUCCCAUAUCUCAACGCAUAUGGAAGGAAUCAAUAUUUGUAUUUCAAUGAGUCAUAGUUUUGUUCAUAGUCUCCUUUUUUAUUCUCCAUAAACUGUACAUUGUUUACGUGCUCUUUGUCUUUGUCACAACUUUAUUGUGAUUUAUUGUUUUUAUUUAUUUUGCUGGCUGAUAUCAUUAAAAGUAAUUAGUAAAUAUGCUAAUACUUGUGUUUCUUGUACCAGUAUUUUAAAAUAUUUAGUAUGUUGACUAUUCUUCUUGUAAUAAACAUUUAAAUAUUCAUUUAAGUUAUUUUGUGCAAUGUAUCUACGUGUUACAAAUUACUGUAUUUAUUUAUUAUAUAUGCUAUUUUGGAUACAAUAACCAUUCAUUCUAUAGCUUCAUUUUAUGCAGCAUGUCUUUAUGUUAUGCAUACAAUUCAGAGAUGUUCAAUAGUAUAUGUAUUGCUAAAUAUCUUUUAUAUUAAGUCAUUUUUGUAAUUAUAUUAGACUAAUUAAUAUAUAUAUAUUAUAUAUAUGUAUAUUUAUAGCUUUUAUAUAGCGCUACUUUCAUGCUUAUAGCAUGCUCAGAGCGCUUUGGUCCAAUUUCAUUUGUGGGCCAGUAGGGGGGAGGGGGUAUCUAGGAGUUGGUUUUCCAUGCUGCCUUUAGGCGCUCAGUAAACACAACUCUGCCUGAGUCGGGUGUCGAACCUCGAGCCCCCUUCUAGGUAGCCAAGCCAAGUUCAAGCGCACUUGACUCUCGACCACGCUUCCCAAUUAAGAAAGCUGCAUGAGCAUCAUAUACUGGAUAUUGUGUUGAUGAUAAAAAUAUUCAUGAAAAUGAGGCUGUUUAAAAUGCUACUUAUAUUGAAUGGUAAAAAAAAAAAAGUAGAUCUAUUCAAAACUUAUAAUAAAAGCUUGACUAAACCAGCAAUAAAUUAUACAAAUUGA